CGAGGCCGCCGCGCCCGCCAGCCCCGACGUGGCUGCCGCGCCGCCGCCCGCCGAGGGCGGGUUCCGGCUGAUGAGCCGCUCCGAGGUCGAGAAGCAGACGGAGCGGCGCAAGACCAUGGAGAAGGAGAAGAAGAGCGCGUUCCCGCGCUUCAGCGGCUUCGGCAGCGCCAGCACGCGCGCGCGCAAUCACUCGUAUGAAGACGAAUCUCCAGCCUCCUCAAAGCGCGACAGCAAGUCCAGCAGUGGGACGCAAUUUUCCACAUCGCGUCCUUACAUUAACGGCCAGCAUGGGUCCACCUCGACCCUGCCGUCGUCGACCGACACGGGCUCGGACGACAACCUGUUUGCCAAUGUGCCUCGCCCGCAGAUCCCGCACCACAGCAGCUCCCCUGGUUCGUAUUUCGCCUCGAAGAAGUCGCUGCCAGCCCUGCCCAAGACUAGCUCAGGAGCGCCGCCCAAUAAUAGCUCCCUGCCCUUCGGCUUUGGUAAGCGAGAUCGCGCUAUGACAACCUCGAGCUACGCCAGCACGGCCAUGCCGCCCAAGCUUGACCAAGACCUGUCCUUUGGAGAAGACUCCUCCUUCGACGACAUCUUCACCGGACUAAACCGCAAGGCCUCCCCUGAAAUGUUGAGGCAGCCUGAGCCGACGGGCCGUUCGCUCCUUGCGGAAAAGCGCACAUUCCAGCCGGAGCCUAUCAAGGUCCUGCCACAGACACACAUCGAGCCACCCUUAAGGAGCUGGGACAGCCGCGGAUCAGCCGACAACCUCAUGGACUCGCCGCGUUCCGACACCGACUCACCACCCGUCCCGCCGCCGCACAAGUAUCAGCAGUACGCCCCUGUCUCCAUGGCCCCCGACAGCCCCGACCUGCAGUCGUCGGCCGCCUUCCAGGACCGCAAUGGCCACGCCGCCCGCGAGCCCUUUAUGCGCGGCGGCAGCACCUCGCCCGAGGAGCACAACACCUCCAUCUCCACCUCGUCCGCCAACUCCUUCGAGACGCCCCUUUCAUCACGCUCCGCCUCGACGAAUGCCACGCCGCGUGCCCCGCUGCCGCCGUCGGCCAUUGCCUACAACGACGACGACGAGGACAACAUGUUCGCCCCGCCGCCGUCCAAGCCGCACGCCCAGACUGCGCCUGCCCCCAAGCCCGCUCCCCCUGUCGUGGCGAACCCGCCUCGCCCUGUGCCUGCAUCAGGGUCACGCGUCAUGUCUCAGGCAGAGUUUCGCGAGUACCAGAAGAGGCGGGCUGCUGCCCCUCCUGCCGAAGACAGCGGCUCUGAUGACGACUACGAAGACGAAGAGGAUGCGAUAAAGAAACGCGAGGAGGAGGAAGUCCUGCGGCGGAAGAACCAACAAAUGUCCUUUGCCCGAGAAGCCAUGCGUCGCUCGACAACAGCACCAGGCGACCCGAGCAGACCCGAGAGCAUUGUUGACAAUGCUUUCAACUCGUCCAGCAUGGGCUUCCCCUCGGAGACAUCGUUGAGGGCAGAAGAAUGGGAGGACGAGGAUGUUCCUCUCGGAAUUCUUGCACAACACGGCUUCCCCAGCGCGGCGCGCAACCGAAACCCUAGCCAACCUGUCAAUGCUAUUCCCUCCGCCUUCCCAGAUCGACCAGCCUCUGCUGGCGCCAUGGGUGCCGCCCGCGCAUCGCACCUCCCGGCUUUUGCCAGGCACCUGCCGAUGGACCCACACAACUCUUUCAUCGGCGGUGGUCUGGUGCACCACGCGAACCGAGAGUCGUUGGGCUUCAACAACUUCCCUCGCGGCCCAGCGUCUGUCGCUGGCGAUGCAAUGGGCGGAGGCUACGGACAAGCUCCUAUGGGCGGCCAAACACCGCUCAUGUACCAGGAUGCCGGCUUGUCGGCGCCGUCCCUCGUUGAUCAAAUUCAGAUGCGCGACAUGACCAAGAAAAAAUACAUGGGUGGUGCAUCCAACAAAAAGCAGCCUGUCGAGGGUCCGUUCACCGGCAUGCUCGGAAGUCAGAUGAACGCUCAAGGUCAAUCAACGAACCCCAUGCGCAUGCCGCAAAUGCCAACGAUCAAUGGCAUGAACGGCAUGAAUGGCAUGAACAUGAACGCCAUGAAUCCCAUGAUGAUGGGCUCCCCAAUGGGCACCCCAAUGAUGGGCAUGGGCAUGGGUCAGAUGGGCUUCAUGCCGCAGCAACAGCAGGAGUACAUGCAGCAGAUGCAGCAGUAUCAACAGAUGCAGCAGAUGAUGGCCAUGCAAUACCAGCAAAUGCAGAUGCAGCAGAUGCAACAGCAGCAACAGCAAGAUCCUCGCAUGUCGAUGGCUAUGCCAAACACCAUGUUCAACAACGGGAUGAUGGGCCAGGGACAAAACAUGAUGGGCAACAAUUCGUUCCUGAAUGUGCCAGGCAUGCAGAAUGUCUCGAAUGGCACAUCGAUGACGCUGCAAGCUACCAGCGGCGGCGCCAACAAGCCCGGUACCAUCAAGGGCAUUCUAAAGAAGAGCCCGCAAAUCAACGUCGAAGAGAAAGAUGACGAGGAAGACUGGGGUUCCAUGGCAGCCCGCAAGGGCAAGUUUGGCAAGGGCAAAGACAGCACAAACUCGGGUCUGGAAGACCUGACACGCGGACUGAACCUUUAGCAGCGCAAAUCCAAAUUUUUAAUGGCUUGAAGAUUGAAGAUGGGAGAUGUUUACUGGUUGAUUUUGAGGUAAAUCUGCGAUAUGGAGCGAGUUUGGUUUCGGUACCUGCAUUUGCAUGGCGUUUUCAUUUGCUUGGCCUGGCCUGUACGGAAAAUUAUCAACGCGACUACCCCUUUGCUCAUUGAUCGAACACAUGGCAUUGAGACGGGGAUGAGAGAAAGAGAAAGAGAUGAGAGUAUUGCAUGCAUAUCCAAGGCUCUGAUGGGGCUGUAUUUCUUAUAAUAUAGGUCUGGGCGGUACGAUGGCGACUAGGAUAGAAUUCAGUGUAAUUAUAAUACCAUAUGCUUCGGCUCAUCUCUGCA